GAUUGAUCUACAGACCAUAUUGGAAAAAAUGGUCAGCAAAGUUGAUGGAAGCUUCUGUCCAACAAGCAACCAAAUAAAUGUGUGCAGGGAUAAUGUUUUACUGUGUAGCCUGCGGGCGUUCAAGCGUAGGUUCUUCAACCCUGAAGCAAAAUUGGAUGUUGUGUUUGUGGAUGAAGAUGACAAUGGUGAAGGGGCAGUAGACGAAGGCGGCCCAACAAGAGAGUACCUAAGGCUGUUGAUGAGGGCCGUCCACCAGUCAAAUAUCUUUGAGGGACAUGAGAAAGACCGGCAGUUGUCUCUUGAUACUCAAGCUUUGCAGACUAAACUUUACAUGUGGGUGGGAAAAAUGAUUGCUGUGUGUGUCGUCCAUGGAGGAGUCGGUCCACACUUCUUUUCCGAAAGGCUUUUCCAUCAAAUCUGUGGGAUACCAACACCCCUGGCCACGGUGGAUGAAGUUGGUGACCAUACCUUCAGGGAACAGUUAAUAAAAAUACAGGAAGCAACAACAGUCCGAGAGGCGAACAGUGCAAUUGCAGAGGCAGCAGAUAGUCUCAGCAUUAUAGGUGCCUUAAGACAUGUGUCCAGCCUGGAGGAGAAGGACUCCCUUGUCCAGUCAGCUGCAGACUUCUUUGUCAAUGGAAGAUUGGCGACUGCCCUGGACCAGUUUGCUGAGGGGUUAAAAACCCUUGGUUUACUGGAGGAGCUGAAGAAAAAUCCGGCAGUGUUCUACAACAUGUUUGUCAGUGAGGAGAUUACACUACAGGCGAAGGACCUAUGCACUUUAUUUGAUGUGGACUUCUCUGUGCAGGGCAGCAACAGGAGAGACAGAGAAAACACAACAAUAUGCUUUUGGCGUGACUGGUUAAUUGAUAUUGAAGAAGGAGAAUGCAGUCCAGUCACUCUAGAAAAGGUUCUUGAGUUCACAUCUGGAGCCUCAACAGUGCCUCCACUGGGAUUUCCUCAACGCCCACAAAUCCAGUUCCUUCAUGAGGGCAACCGAGUAUUCCCAGAAGCAAAUACUUGUAUUGUGGUACUCCGCCUGCCGCUGCACUCUUCUUAUGAAGCCUUUAAAAAACACAUGAUGGAGGGAAUUUUGCAAGCUCCAACCUUUGGACUUGCAUGAUGUCACUAUGUGUAAAACUGAAUUGAAAAGUUAUGUUGGAUGUUAGUUACUUGAUAGAAUUGUGUUGAAGCAAGUCACUGGUUCAGAUGGUAAUUUUAGAUGCAGUAAUUCUGUUCGUUUUGCAUAAGUAACAGUUCACUUUAGUUGAUUCAAUAUUGAGUUUUUCAGUUAACUCAAAU